GAGGAGAAGAUUGGGAAAUCUGUUUCUCAUGGAGACCGUGUUGAGACAUUCUCUACAUCCAGAGAGCAACAGCAGGAAGAUCACAGAGCUAAGAGGUCUCACCUCUGCCCACAUUGUGUGGAGAUUUUCCCAAUUCUAUCAAAGCUAAAAAUACACCUAAAAAUACACACUGGAGAGAAUCUGUAUUCCUGUACUGACUGUGGGAAGAUAUUCACAACACCAGGAGCCUUGGCAGUUCAUCAGAGAGUGCACACUGGAGGGAAGCCUUACUCCUGCUCUGACUGUGGACAGAGUUUCUCUCGACUGGGCCACUUAAAAACACAUGAACGUAUACAUACAGGAGUGAAGCCUUACUCGUGCUCUGACUGUGUAAAAUGCUUCACAACAUCAGCUCAGCUAAAAGAUCAUCAGAGAACACACACAGGAGAGAAGCCUUACUCUUGCUGUGACUGUGGAAAGAGUUUCUCUCUACUGGGCAACUUAAAAACACAUAAACGUAUACAUACAGGAGAGAAGCCUUACUCCUGCUACUGUGGAAAGAGUUUCUCUCUACCGAGCACCUUAAAAACACAUGAACGUAUACAUACAGGAGUGAAGCUUUACUCCUGCUCUGACUGUGUAAAAUGCUUCACAACAUCCGCUGAGCUAAAAUUUCAUCAGAGAACACACACAGGAGAGAAGCCUUACUCCUGCUCUGACUGUGGAAAGCGUUUCUCUCGACUGGGCCACUUAAAAAGACAUGAACGUAGACAUAUUGGAGUGAAGCCUUACUGCUGCUCUGACUGUGUAAAAUGCUUCACAACAUCAGCUGAGCUAAAAGUUCAUCAGAGAACACACACAGGAGAGAAGCCUUACUCCUGCUCUGACUGUGGAAAGAGUUUCUCUCGACUGGGCCACUUAAAAAGACAUGAAUGUAUACAUACAGGAGAGAAGCCUUACUCCUGCUCUGACUGUGGAAAGAGUUUCUCUCAAAUGGGCCAAUUAAAAAGCCAUCAAGGUAAACAAAGGAGAGAAGUCUUGCCACUGAUCUGACUAUAGAGAACACACAAAGGAGAGAAGCCUUACCACUGAUCUGACUGUAGAGAACACACAAAGGAGUGAACCUUACUUCUUCCUUGAAGUUUUUAAGCAAACCAGAUGGCACAAUUGUGUGUUUAUCAGGAUUAUGCCACAAGGCUUGUCCAGGAAUGGUUCCAAGAACAAGAACAUUACAGUGAAUUCAGCUUACUGAAUCUGUGGGAGGAGAUGGAACGAGCUAUUCGGAGUAGAUCCACUCCCAGCUAACUUGACACAAUUGCAGGAAGCAUUGGAGUCAACAUGGGCCAGCGUCUCUGUGGAACGCACACAACACCUUGGACAGUCCAUUUCCUGACGAAUUGAGGCUAAUUCUGAGGACAAAGGGGGGUGCAACUCAAUAUUAGGAAGGUGUUUCUAAUGCUUUGUACGCUCCGUGUAUAUCAGAUAAAGAUUAAAAUGAUCAGUUUUCAGGAUUAUUUUAUAUUACUAAAUACGUUUUGUUUAAUGAUAAAUGUAGAGCUUGUAUGUAUAUUAUGUAUUAUUAGUGUUUCAUGUUUGUCCCCAGGAAGAGUAGCCGCUGGUGAUCCUAAUAAAAUACUAAAUUGUACUAAAUGUA